AUGUCAUCAGCUACUCAAUUAGGAAUUUCAGAAAGGGAGUAUGAAGAAGCUUUAGCUGUAGAAAAAUUAUUUUUUUUAUCAUCUAAAGAAAGAUGUAAUUAUUGUAAUAGUGGAAAACCCACAUUUGUAGAUACAUAUAAUUAUGAAUUUUUAUGUGAUAAAUGUUCUUAUAAAAGUAAACACAAAAAGAAAAUAGGAGAGGAUUCAAUAAGUUAUUAUGAUGUUCAAAAAUUAGAAAGAAAAUUUGGAAGUUCAGGAAAUAAGCGUCAUAAUAAGCAUCAUCGAAAAUCUUCUUAUAAUUAUGAAAAAAAAUCAAAAUCAAAAAGUAGACGUUCAAGUAAGAAAUAUGCCGAUGUAACAUCAGAUAGUUCAGAUUCAGAAUAUGAAAAAAUGAAAAAGGAAAAGAAGAAAAAAAAGGAAAAAGAAAAAGAAAAGCAUAAAGAAAAACAUAAAGAAAAAUAUAAAAAAAAAAAAAAAAAUGAAGAAACGGAUGAUUUUGAUGAUUUUAGUUUGAAUGAUUAUGAUAAUUCAACACCAGGUAUGAUAGGAAUUAUGAAUUCCAAUAAGAUUAAUAGUUCUGAUUAUAAAAAAGAUGUUGAUACUUUUAAUGAUUUUGAUACUAAUCACCUGAGUUAUAAUCAAAUGAACCAAAAAAGUUUCAACGAUUUCAACAAAGGGAAUAAAAUGAAUCACAUUCAGUUUGAUCAUUUUCAAAAAAAUAAUUUUAAUACAAAAUUUAUUAGAACACCAAAUAAUCAGCAAAUAAAUAGCCAUCCUUUAUGUGUAGAUGACUUUAAUGCUAUGUAUAUUAAUAACACACAUUUUCCUAAUAAUUUUAACAUUAAAUUAAAUGAAGAAAAUAAAUUAAAUAAAAUGAAAUAUAAUAAAAUAAGUAUGCAUCCAUAUGACCCGUUUGAUAAUAAUAAUAAUAAUAAUAAUAAUAAUAAUAGUAGUAAUAAUAAUAAUAGAUAUAAUACAUUAGAUAAUUUAAAUUAUUUUAAUAAUUCUAAUUUUCCUAAUAAUCAAAAUGCUAUGAAUAAUUUUUAUCUACUAAAUAAAAGAAAUUUAUUAAAUAAUCAGUAUUCUGCAAAUAAUUCUAAUUCUGUAUAUAAUCAUCAUUUGUUAAAAAAUCCAUAUGUAUUUAACAAUCAUAACAAAUCAAAUACAAGAAUUCAUUUUGAUAAUGAUGCAAGUAAUAAAGGUUUAAUUUUUCCGAAUUCUAAAAAUUGUCCAUUUAUUUUAAAUAGUAAUUUGAAUAAAGCAAACAAUAGUACAUUGGCUUCUAACAAUAUGAACUUUUUAAGUCAUUGCAAUCAAAGUAAUGUAAAUGAGUUAAAAAAAUUUCAUGAUAUAUACAAUUCUGAUUUUUCGCCAAUUAUUGUAUCUGAUAAAAAUCCUUUUUCUUUACAAAAUUUAAUUUCAAAUGGAAAUAUCAAAAAGCCAUAUAAUGUGUUUAAUUCGUUACCAAAUAGCUUUAAUAACAACAUCAAUAUGAAUAGGAAUUUAUAUAAGCCAAUGAGUUAUCCCGUGUUUGAAUCCGAUAGAAGAUUUUAA